AUGUCGGCGUCGGUGUCGUUAUCGACACUGCGGUGUGAACAGAGCGGCCAGCUUGCCCGACCGCCGCGUGGGGGGCCGGCAGAGAAAACUCGUCGCGUUCUAAACUCGCCGGGCAAAAAAAAAAAGGAAAAUACCACUGUGCUUUGGCGUGACGAAAUCGGCGCGAAUCGGGGAAAAAAUGCGAUUCUGAAGGAAACCAAUAACGUAGUUUAUGAUGACAUCGAAGCGAUUUCUCAAAAGUUUUUCCCGGUGCUGUCAGCGACAGAUUUAAGUCCAAGGACCAAGCACAAACUAGCGAACAUCUCCCAAAUGUUCCUAGGGGACUCUGACUCUUUGAAAAAAUUUGCAGCUUUUUCUGAAAUAAUCCACUCACUUGGUCGACACAUCCAAGCUGGCGGAGUCGCCGCGCUCCUCGGCGACCAUCGACAGCCGCUUACUGCCGCCGUUCUGGCUGCCAUUGCCGCCACCGCUGCUGCUGCUGCUGCUGCCUACGAUUCCGGCGGCUGCGCCACCACCACCCGGGGUAAGCAGAUGGCUCGCCCGUGGCGGCGACAUCCGCUGCUGCUGCUCCCCUCCGCCGCCACCGUCGGGCAUCAUGCAGGGGGCGCUCGUGUCUCCGGACACACUGGACGAAGAGCUGUUGUAGCCCGAGGAUUCCCCGUGGCUGCCGCAGGCUUGGUGGUGCGGUCCGAACAAGUCCGCCGCGACGCCCUUCUUGAUCCGCAGGUCCAACUUGGCGGCAGACUUGAGGAAGUGGACGGCCUGCCUUUUUCUGAAAUAAUCCACUCACUUGGUCGACACAUCCAAGCUGGCGGAGUCGCCGCGCUCCUCGGCGACCAUCGACAGCCGCUUACUGCCGCCGUUCUGGCUGCCAUUGCCGCCACCGCUGCUGCUGCUGCUGCUGCCUACGAUUCCGGCGGCUGCGCCACCACCACCCGGGGUAAGCAGAUGGCUCGCCCGUGGCGGCGACAUCCGCUGCUGCUGCUCCCCUCCGCCGCCACCGUCGGGCAUCAUGCAGGGGGCGCUCGUGUCUCCGGACACACUGGACGAAGAGCUGUUGUAGCCCGAGGAUUCCCCGUGGCUGCCGCAGGCUUGGUGGUGCGGUCCGAACAAGUCCGCCGCGACGCCCUUCUUGAUCCGCAGGUCCAACUUGGCGGCAGACUUGAGGAAGUGGACGGCCUGCGUUCACGGGGCGGAAACGGGCAUCAGGAAUUAGAUUUUUUAAUUGAUUCACCUGCGCAAAAUCGACGCUGUCCAAAGUCAUCCCGUUGCACUCGAGGAUCUGGUCUCCAGGUUUCAGCCCGAAUUCUCGGGCGACUCCUCCGUCUUUUGUCGACUGCACGAAUAUUCCGGGUCGUUCGG